AUGCUUGCCAUAUUGUCGCCGGCCAAAACUCUCGACUACAAAUCCGCCCUGACCACAAAGAAGUUCUCGGAACCCGACUUCGUCAAGGAGUCCAGCCAGUUGAUUGAACAGCUCAGGAAGCUGUCGCCUCGGAAAUUGUCUGAGAAGAUGAAGAUCAGCGCCAGCUUGGCAGAGCUAAAUGCCCAGCGCUACGCCGACUGGCGUCCGUCCUUUGGCGCUGAACAAUCACGUCCAGCCAUGCAUGCGUUUAAGGGUGACGUUUAUCUGGGCCUGGAAGCGCCGACGCUCUCGGCCAGAGACCAUAACUACGCCCAAAAACACCUGCGAAUCUUAAGCGGAUUACACGGAUUGCUGCGGCCACUAGAUCGCAUUCGUCCCUAUCGGUUGGAAAUGGGCACGCGACUGAAGACCGGGCAAGGAAACGACCUGUAUGCGUUUUGGGGAAGCAAGGUCACCGACGCUUUGAAUACGGUGAUUGAGCAGCAUAACCAUCGGGCGCUGAUUAACCUUGCGAGCAACGAGUACGCCACCGUGGUGGAGAAAAAUGCCAUUGACGCACGGGUCAUCAAUGUUCAGUUUUUAGACUACAAAAACGGCAAAUACAAAUUCAUGUCUUUUUUCGGCAAAAGAGCCCGGGGGUCCAUGGCCCGAUACAUGAUUGACCAUCGGCUAAAGUCCAUCAAACAGCUGCGGGAAUUUGACUACGAUGGGUAUCAGUUCAGUGAAGAAAGAUCUGAGGGUGACCAGUGGGUGUUUACCCGUAAGCAGAUGGAUUAA